CAUGGGGAGGAACGAGGAGGAGGAGGAGUUUCCGGAGUUUCAAGAAGGCGCGUUUGAGGUAGCGGAACAUGUUUCAUUCAAGAAGAGAAACCGCCAAACGCGGCGCGGUUUCUCGGCGGCUGGUGAAUGAGGAGAUGCUGAAUGAGUAUAUUCAAGAAGGUGGUAUUGAUUCACAUACAAUGAGGGAUUUGGUAGCUUCGAUUCGCGUUGUUGGCACUGAAGAUUUCGUUUGUGAAGAGUGGGUGGAAGAACCAACUCUGCUCGUUACGAGAUUCGAGUAUGCGAAUAUGUUCCAUGCCGUGACAGAUUGGUACAGCGCUUACGUUUCCUCUAGAGUCACCGGUUUACCUAACCGGCCUCACGUUGUUUUCAUUGAUGGAAAUUGCACGGUAUUCUCCUCUUCGUUUCAUUUGCCUAAACCAUCUUUGGAGUAUCAUGCGAUGCAUCUGGCGAAUUCACGGGCUGAUCCUACGGCUGUGAUUGAGAAGCUAAAGGAGAUAAUGAAGAGUUUUGGCUGCUGAAAAAGGAAAAAAAAAAUUUGGUUUGUGACCUGUGAGUUUCAAGCCUUAGCGGGCACGGGAUGAUUUUUGGUUUGUUUUAAGGGUCUAAUACUGAUUUUAAGCUGAUCUAAGAAGAAGCCUGUAACUCGACAAAAGGUUUUGGGUAUAAUUUGUUACAAAGCUCUGAACUAUUGUAACUAGCAUAUUAUGCUAUGUUUGUCUAACACCUACGUUGUUUAAAAUGGUAGUCUUCUUAAUCCCAAGAUAUUUAUGUUCUAAUAUCUGCAUUUUAUAGUUUUAUGACCCUAUAUACUAGAUAUUUCUUUUUUUUUUUUUCCGUCAAUAUUUCAUUAAAAUAGAAAGGGCCCAGCCCAAAAAUAUUACAGGAUAAUAGGCCCACAGUCCAGUUACCACAACUUGCCAAACCCUAGAGAAACCGGCCCACAGGCCCAUAAACCCAAACCCCGACACAGCCCUAACCCAGGAACCCUUGUCGGCUUAACCUAAUCACGCCUCCUCUCAUCCCGGCGGUUACCGUCGAACGGCUCUCAACCGUCGCGCUUGUCACGGAGAGCAACAGCGGACUAACCGCAAGCUCAUCCCAAUCAUCAACUAGCCUACUGGGCAUAAGAAGCCCGAGUCUCAAGAACACUGCUUUCCUUCUCCUGUCGUCGUCUCCAUCGAUGGAGAGCUUCAUCGGCUACCGAUAGCUCAUCCCUUCAAAUCCGAACAACCAUCCUAACGACAAGAACCACACCGCAAAUUUCACCCAAUACAAACAAAAAAAGACCA